CAAAAAUAGGUUGAAAAACAAAUUAAGGUCCGAAGAACCAUCUUAAGCCUCAAAAAAUCAAGACAAAACGUUGAACGUUCAAUUCUCAAAACUUGUUGCAACCAAUUCCCUUUCUCUUGUCUCUGUUUCUCUCUUCUCUGAUGGCACUGAUCUUCUCUUCCCUGUUCUCAAUCACCAUCCAAUGGGGGAGCCAAGAUCUUUAUCGGAAGCCUCAACAUCUCAAAAUUCUUCAACUUCAUCAACAACAACAACAACAACAUUACCAUCUCCACCACCACUUCCUACGAAUAUCUCCCUCAUUCAACCCACUCAAAAAAGAAAACAGAAACCUAGAGUCAUUCGUGUCUUCCGAUCCGUUUUCCGUUCGUUUCCCAUCAUAACACCCGCUUGCAAAUUCCCAACAAUCCCAACAGGACCCAAUGACGCCCACCACCCCCACAAAAACAUCGGUGGAAACAUCGGGACAAAGGUAUCUGGAACGUUAUUCGGUUACCGGAAAGGACGCGUUAGUCUCUCCGUUCAAGAGAAUCCAAAGUGUCUACCUUCAUUGGUUGUCGAACUUUCCAUGCAAACAAGCGUGUUACAGAAGGAAAUGGCGGCAGGAAUGGUGAGAAUUGCACUGGAAUGUGAAAAAAGACAAGAAAAAGACAAGACAUUGUUGAUUGAGGAACCGUUAUGGACAAUGUAUUGUAAUGGGAAGAAAACGGGGUAUGGUGUGAAGAGAGAAGCUACAGAAGAGGAUCUACAUGUUAUGGAACUUCUUAAAGCUAUAACAAUGGGUGCUGGUGUUGUUCCAAUGAAAAAUGAAGUUGAUGAUGUUGAUGGAGAAUUGGCUUAUAUGAGAGCUUCUUUUGAACAUGUAAUUGGGUCUAAGGAUUCUGAGACUCUUUAUAUGUUGAGUCCUGAGGGAAAUAAUCCUGGGCCUGAACUUUCUAUAUUUUUUGUGAGGAUUUAAGAAUUCUUGUCUAAUUGAUGAUGAGGAUAUAUUGGUAACUUUAGAGGUUUGAGGAUGAGUGAGUGCAAGAUGACUACUUGAUUAACUAGAAUAAGAUUAUCCAAAGCUA